CGCCGUUGGCGUAACCGGGCGUCGGGAGCGCUGGCCUCCGCGACGCAGUUAGCGCAGUCGGCUUUGGUGAAUACACGAUUUGGUGCAGCCGGGGUUUGGUACCGAGCGGAGAGGAGAUGCACACGGCACUCGAGUGUGAGGAAAAAUAGAAAUGAAGGUACAUAUGCACACAAAAUUUUGCCUCAUUUGUUUGCUGACAUUUAUCUUCCAUCACUGCAACCACUGCCAUGCAGAACAUGACGAAGGACCCGAGGAGCUUCACAAACACCAUUGUGGAACGACAGAAUUGGAGCCAAAUAAAUUUUCAGUGCAGGAUGCUGAAAAUGAAAAAAAUUACUAUAUUGAAAAACUUUUUGACCGCUAUGGCGAAAAUGGAAGAUUAUCAUUUUUUGGUCUGGAGAAACUUUUGACAAACUUGGGCCUCGGAGAGAUAAAAGUAGUUGAGAUUAAUCAUGAUGAUCUUGGCCAUGAUCAUGUUUCUCACUUAGAUAUUUUGGCAGUUCAAGAGGGAAAGCAUUUUCAUUCACAUAACCACCAGCAUUCCCAUAAUCAUUUAAAUCCAGAAAAUCAAACUGUGACCAGUAUACCAACGAAAAGAAACCAUAAAUGUGAUCCAGAGAAAGAGACAGUUGAAAUCCCUGUAAAAUCUGAUGAUAAACAUGUGCAUGACCAUAAUCAUCGCUUACAUCAUCACCAUCGUGUCCAUCAUCACUCUGACCAUAAUGCCACUCGCCAUGUUCACAAUGAUUCUGUUACUCACAGUGAGCGUGGGGAGCCUAGUCAUGGACCUUCAACAGAGACCAAUAAAACCCAGGAACAAUCUGAAGUUAAGCCACUGAAAGGAAGGAGAAAGAAAAAGGUGAAGAAAAGUAAUGAGAACUCUGAGGUCAUUACUCCGGGUUUGCUCCCUAACCAUGAUCAGGGUGAACAGUAUGAACACAAUCGGGUCCACAAGCCUGAUCGUGUACAUAACCCAGGUCAUCCUCAUGUACAUCCUCCAGAACAUAGUGGUCAUGAUCCUGGUCACGGACACCAAGAGCUUGAUCCUGAUAAUGGUGAACUUCGACAUACUAGAAAGCGAGAAGCACCACAUGUUAAAAAAAGUGCAAUUUAUUCAGCUGCUAAUCACAAAGAUCACAAUGAAGAUGACCAUCCACACGAAUGUUUGAACGUCACUCAGUUGUUAAAAUACUAUGGCCAUGGUGCCAGUGCUCCCAUCUCACCUGACCUAUUUACAUACCUUUGCCCUGCAUUGCUCUAUCAGAUCGACAGCAGGCUUUGUAUUGAGCAUUUUGACAAACUUUUAGUUGAAGAUAUAAAUAAGGAUAAAAAUCUGGUUCCUGAAGAUAAGGCAAAUGUAGGGGCAUCAGCAUGGAUUUGUGGUAUCAUUUCUAUCACUGUCAUUAGCCUGCUUUCCUUGCUGGGUGUGAUUUUGGUUCCCAUCAUUAACCAAGGAUGCUUCAAAUUCCUUCUCACAUUCCUUGUUGCGUUAGCUGUAGGAACAAUGAGUGGAGAUGCCCUUCUUCAUCUACUGCCCCAUUCACAGGGUGGACACGAUCACAGUCACCAGCACGCACAUGGACACGGACAUUCUCAUGGGCAUGAACCCAAGAAGUUUCUGGAAGAAUAUGAUGCUGUGUUGAAAGGACUUGUUGCCCUUGGAGGCAUUUACUUGUUGUUUAUAAUUGAACACUGCAUCCGAAUGUUUAAACACUAUAAACAACAAAGAGGAAAACAGAAAUGGUUUAUGAAGCAGAGCACAGAAGAGUCAACUAUUGGAAGAAAGCUUUCGGAUCAUAAGUUAAACAACACCCCAGAUGCUGACUGGCUUCAACUCAAACCUCUUGCUGGAACUGAUGAUUCUGUUGUUUCUGAAGAUCGACUUAAUGAAACUGAAAUGACAGACUUAGAAGGCCAACAAGAAUCUCCUCCUAAAAAUUACCUUUGUAUAGAAGAGGAGAAAAUAAUGGACCAUUCUCACAGCGAUGGCUUACACGCCAUUCACGAGCAUGAUCUCCAUGUUACUGCACAUAACCACCACGAUGAGAAUAAAACUGUGCUGAGGAAACAUAACCACCAGUGGCACCACAAGCACUCUCAUCAUUCUCAUGGUCCCUGUCAUUCUGGAUCAGAUCUGAAAGAGACAGGAAUAGCUAAUAUAGCCUGGAUGGUAAUCAUGGGGGAUGGCAUUCACAACUUCAGUGAUGGACUAGCAAUUGGAGCGGCAUUUAGUGCUGGACUGACAGGAGGGAUCAGUACUUCUAUAGCUGUCUUCUGUCAUGAGCUGCCACAUGAAUUAGGCGAUUUUGCAGUUCUUCUGAAAGCAGGCAUGACUGUAAAGCAAGCUAUUGUCUACAACCUCCUCUCUGCCAUGAUGGCGUACAUAGGCAUGCUCAUAGGCACAGCUGUUGGCCAGUAUGCCAAUAACAUCACCCUGUGGAUCUUUGCAAUCACGGCAGGCAUGUUCCUCUAUGUAGCCUUAGUGGAUAUGCUUCCAGAAAUGUUGCAUGGUGAUGGUGACAAUGAAGAACAUGGCUUUUGUCCAGUGGGGCAGUUCAUUCUUCAGAACUUGGGAUUGCUGUUUGGGUUUGCCAUCAUGCUGGUGAUUGCCCUCUAUGAAGACAAGAUUGUGUUUGACAUCCAGUUUUAACCAUUCCCAGUAAUCGCUGUUGGUUACGACCAUGUUACCCUGCAGCUUUGCAUCUGUUCUUGUACUGUAUGCACAAUGCUCAAAGAAAAGUCAGUGGCUUGCACUACUUACAAGUCCUAUAGAUUUGAGCCUAAAAGCAAAAGACUGGUGCUCAGUACUGUUUUCCCUGCAUGAAGGGGUUUCACAAAAACAUAGUUUGUGAUAAAGAUAGGAGAAAAGGACUCCAGGAACCAAUGUUGAUUUAAGUUUGAUUAAGACUUUUUAAAAAAUAAUCAUAUAAAACACUAGUCUCUUUAUUAGUUGAAACUUCUGUGACUAUGCAGAAAUAGAAAUCGAACCAAAAAAAUCACUUAAAUUUUAAAAAUACUUUAAAUGGACUUUGAGCAGACUUUCUUUGUGCUAAGUAUGAACUGUAGUGCCCUUCGAUUCAGCUACAUAUAAAUGUAUGGGGUAAUAGGGAUCAACUCCACACAACGUUGAAACCGCAUAAAGUAGACUGUAGGAACUAGAGGAAAGCCCAGGCUGCAUUAGAGUAUGAAUUUAGCAUUGGGAAAAGCCCUUAUUCUUGAAUCUAGAGUUACUAUUUUUGUAUAUAUUUGCAUAGUGUUUAAACUUGCAGCCUAAACUACUGAAAAUUGUGAUUGUAUGUUUGUGUGAGCUUCAGUUUAAUGAAAGAUUCAUAACAGUUCUUUGUAUUAUUAUAAUACUUGGUGUUUGGGGGUGGUAUUUUUCUUUUUUUUAACUUUAAUUUUGUUUUUGUUUUGGGGUUUUUUUGUGGAGGAAGGUGGGGUCAAGAGCAUGUGGUCAGAUGCUUUUUCCUUAAAACUAUAACUCUGGAAAAUAUCAAAGAAAUGAACCCAAACAUAAUACUCAAUUUUUGAAUUUUAAGGACUACCAAAAUGAAAUUCUGAAUAUUCACAUCAUUCCCUAGUUUGGCAUUGGAACCAAAAGCACAUGCUAUGACUGGCAGUUAAUGUUGGAAGGCAGAAAAUCCAAGUUUAUCAUAUCUAAUCUGUAUAUGAAGUGUGAAACAGUUACAGGAUAAAAACUUGGUUGAUACCAUGGCUGUCAUGGUACCAAGCAAAUGAUGAAGCUGAAAUCACCAUCAUUUUGUGCCAAGAUAUAUACUGUUUGUGCCUAAUAGAUAUUGGUUUCCUAUGUAGGUGCCCUAUUCUUCUACAUAAUCAUAAAUGAUUUGUGAGAAGUGCAAGCCAUGUUUUUCCUGAAGUUUUUACUCAGUAGUUUGUAGUACUAGUCAUAUGCAUGUUGCUUUCUGUUUACAUCUUGUGCCACACGGUCCUCAUUUAGGCCAGGUAAACUGUAUUUGAACUAUGUGCAGCUAGCUUUUUCAAUUUGCUUGGCAUCCUGUGUAGCUCUUUUUAAAACCUUACAAUUCAAAAAUCUAAGAGCCAAACUCUUUCCAUUCCAUAUUACAUGUUUUCAUUUAUUCCUUCUCCUUUUCCCAGAAUUCCUUUACUCUUUAUAUGGACUUUUUUUUUAAACAGAACUUUAAGAGCAGCACAUGUAUCCAGGUAUUAGUAGGUUAUGGUCAGUGUUUCUUCUUUAUGCUGUUAGCAAGGUUGCUUAGGUUUUGUUACAUCUUUAAUUUAUGCUUGAAUUUGAAAAAUUGUUUUUGGCUUUCUCCAUGGCCUCCUUGUACUCAGUAGGAAUUCUGUACACAGUGUGUUUUCGGCAUUGGACGCUGAAUUAGGACAGUCCUCAUCUCAUUGCUUGGCCGUUCAAGCAACCUAGCUAAAAGGUGCUGACGUUUUAUUUAGUACUGCCAACUUUAAGUGAUACAAGUAUCUUGCUUUCUGAACCAAGAUGCAUUUAUAGUUAUUUUGGGGGUUUUACACCCAUGGAGGAUUGUGCAUCCCAUCAUUAAAUCUACUUCAUUUAAAGAGCAACAGCUGGAAUAUACUCCCAUUAUUAAAAUAAAUGCCUCAUUUCAAGCAGAUCGGUUAUGCUAAAGUUUUAUAUGCUCUAAAGAGUGGUAUUAUCUUCAUUUGCUAGAUUAUUUUUUAACCUUUUAGGAGGGCUGUAACAGUUGCUGCUAGUAUUUUGAUAGGGUUCCACCAGUAUUUAGUUUUCACAUCAUUCUAAUGUACAGUUUCAAGUCUUACUAGACAAUCUUAAUUCCACUACAUUUCUGUUUGGCUCCAACAUUCCGUUUAGCUUGACCAGUCUAAUUUUAAUCUGUGUUUGUUGGAGGUCAUUAAUGUUACUUGUACAAUGCUGUCACUGUGUGACAUCCAGAUGAAUUUUGGUGUAUAUCACAUUGCAGUCAAUCAGCUGUGAUUAUGCUUAGAAAUACUAUAGUAACUAGAUGCAGUGUGAAUUCUUUCCAUUAACAGUGAGUCAGUGGCUUAAAUGUGAUUAUGGUCCUGCAAGGUGAUACUUGCUAAAAUAUCUAAACUUUUUUUUGUUGUAACUGAAUCAUUUUUUAAAAGAAAAUUAUAAAGCUGGAAAUGAUAAAAUGCUGUUUUUUUUUCAUUGUCAACAGUGGUGUGUCAUUUUAUGUGUGUUCCUAAUGCUUAUGGAACUCUCCCAAAAUAAAGUUACUCAAAAAGA